UCUCAGGCUCCCCCUCGCCGCACUUUCGGACCAGUCACCGGGAGGAGAUGUGCACACAAACCGCAGGCGUAUUACAACACAUCGCCGUCGUCGGUUUUUUGGAGUUGGGUUGUGUGUUUUUUUGUUUUGUUCUUUGACUCGACCACGGAACCGUUUCGCCACCACAAGUUCUUCUUCUUCUUCUUCUUCUUUUUCUUUUUUUUAACUGUUUUAAACUUGAAAACGUCGAGUUUUCGCUCGGAGCUGACUGAGACACGUAAAACGGGACGGGAACGACGAUAAGUACGACGACCCGAGCUACAUUCAGUUCCGUAAACCGAGUUUAUACGUUCCUAUUAUAAACGUUGGCGUUCCGAGCGCGUUUUGUUUUCCUAAAAUCUGCUCCAGGGACAUUAUAUCUCAAACAGUCGGACUAAAGAGCUCUUUGGGGCUGAUCUUUUUUCUCUUUAAGUGGCAAAAAAAAUUAGAAGAAUCGCCAAGUUUUGCAACCAUUUGCCUCCAUACAUGACUUCAGACCCACCGUCACUGGCCAAACCCUGCGCGUCCUGCCGCUCCUCAUGCGGAACCCGUAGUUGGAGACUCCGCCGUGCCAUCCACCCGACGCGCGCCCCUCAACCGCGGCAGCGAUGCAGCGCGAGCGCCUGCUCAAAGUCCUGGUCAUCGGUGAUCUCGGAGUCGGCAAGACGUCCAUCAUAAAGCGCUACGUGCACCAGGUCUUCUCCCAGCACUACCGGGCCACCAUCGGGGUGGACUUCGCCCUCAAAUUGCUCAACUGGGACCACAAGACGGUGGUGCGGCUGCAGCUGUGGGACAUCGCCGGGCAGGAACGCUAUGGCAACAUGACUCGCGUGUACUACAGAGAGGCUGUGGGGGCCCUAGUCGUCUUCGACAUGACCAGACUGUCCACGUUUCAGGCUGUCCUCAAGUGGAAAGGAGACCUGGACUCAAAGGUCGCUAUGAGCAAUGGGAGGCCAGUUCCAGCUGUCCUACUGGCCAACAAGUGUGACCAGCGUCGUCACGGUUUGUGCCCCAAACUGCCCAAACUGGAGAACUUUUCCAGAGAGUACGGAUUUGUCAGCUGGUACGAAACCUCUGCCAAGGACAACACCAACAUCGAUGCAGCCAUCACCUGUUUGGUGAAAAACAUCCUGUCUGUGGAGGAGGAAAGAGCCUUGAGUGAAGCUACCAACGCCGCUGCUAAAAGCGAAGAAGGCAGCGUACUCGUUCUGCCUCGCUUCGAUUACAAUGUGAAGGAGAAAGGACUCAGCGGAUGUUCAGGAUGCCCCUCGCUUAAACCCAGAGACAAUGACUGAGAGAGGGAGGAAGGGAGGAUGGGUCUUAACCAAGAUAUUGGAAGGAGGCAGAAAGAGAGAGUGUGGAGAUUACUUUGUUGAAUAAUUAAUAUGUUGUAAUUUAAGGUUCAGGAUUUGAAUGUAAAACAAAAAGAUCUGAAAAAGUAAAAGAAAAAAAAGAAAUUCCAGCAAAUACCUUUUCUACAAAUAAUGAAAUUUCUUUAUUUUUAUAACAGAAAAGGAGUCAAAAAUUUUUGUUGCAUUAUCACAAAAACUCCUUUAUUUUGAAAACGUGAUGAUAACAAAGGUUUAUGGGUUUGUAAGAGGAAGUGACAAACGGAACAGAGAAGUUUUCAGAAAGAAAAUUUGUCGGGGUCACAGCAACAUUUUUAACGCACAAGACAUUCAUUAAAAAGUUGAAUUUCUUGUUUCAUAACGACAUGUUGGAAUUCAAUAUCCUAACUUGUGAAAUACAGAUUAAAAAACUAAUUGUAAAGCGAUUUUAUAUUCAUAAAAGUGCACUUUUAAUCAAAAAUUUAAAAAAAAUCUUCUUUAUCUCUUGCCUGAACAUUAUGAAGGUCUUUUUUUAUGAUUUUGCUGAAGGAAAACAGACAGCAGAUGGUAUUAAUUAAUUUAAAAAGCAAAAAAAAAUAGUUUUUAAAACUAGAUCUCUAGGAUUUUGUUUCUAAAUUAAAUGCUAAUUACUGUAUGUAUUUAGCAGUAGUUGUGAUGGUACAGUGCCAUGUAAGCGGCUACUUCAGUGGUUCUUGAUUUAUUGAUAUUUGAUAUAAGGUAAUUUAAAGGAGGUUUGCUUUGUGUCCAAAGUGAACAGUACAACUGCAGGGCUAACAAACACUGAUCGAGGCUUCAUUAAAGGUGAUGACGACUUUGCAGUGACAAACCAAAAUGUAGUUUUGUAUUUUUAAACGAGACUACGUGUGUGUUUUAUCUGUGGUGCGAGUCGGUAUUUAUUUCCAUUACCUUUCCCUUUCUCUCCCUCACUGCCUGUCCCACUGUGUCUUGUAUGUUCAACACCUUUUUGUUGAUGUUAUAAGUUGUCUGCAUCAGUGAAAAAUAAAAACUAGUCAUUUACAUAACGUUUAAGCAGCAGCCUCUGUCGAGUUACAGAGGAUGUACCCCAAUGUACCUUUUUAAGUUUUUGACCACUAGUGGCGCUAUGGAGCAAGGUCAAUGUUAAUGGGAGGAGCUGCAUUUCGUUUGAAUGUCGAGCUCUGUUACCAUAUGCACGAGGAGGCAUACGUACACGCACACGGUUGACAAUACACACUCACGCUGACCCUCAGAUGGCGAUAAUUGAAAUGUCUUGCGUAUGCGAGCCCGUGCUGUUUGACUCCUAAAGACAUG